AUGUUCCAGGGCGCUUUGGUCGGACUCCUAUUGGCCUGCUGCGUGGCGAUCGCCUACCCCAGUCCCGCACGGUUGCUUCAAUCUUCCAACAAUUACCUAUGUGGCAAAAGAAACUCUUUGUGGAAUUUUGGCUGUAUGGUCUAUUGUACAACGAAAUUGGACGCAUUUACUCACUUCAACAACUACGGAUGCUACUGCGGUUUUGGCGGCUCCGGUAAGCCAGUGGACGGCAUGGACGAAUGUUGCAUGCAUCACGACCAAUGCUAUGACGCAGCCCGAGCAAACGGCUAUUGCGGAAAAUUAGCACUGUAUACGACCAGCUAUAAAUGGACCUGUUUCAACCGCACUACUCCAAUAUGCAACGUGCACCAAAUUAAUAAGUGUUCCGAAGAGCUAUGCAAAUGCGACCGACAAGCCUCGUUGUGUUUUGCUCGGUAUACUUAUCCAAAACGAAAACCUGGAUGUAACAAAUGA